ACCGCCUGCAACACACUUGCAGGACAUGGGUGCAUGUUGCUGCAGCACAGGAGGAGUUGUUUGUGGAGCAGAGGGUGGCGUUCAUGGCCUCUGGAUUGGAUGCUGAAAGAAAUAAUCCUGUUGAGGGAGAACAGCAGCAGACGGUGUGAGGAACACCAGGAAGAGGAGGGAACUCUGUUGCUCCUCUGACUUUGGCCGGUGAGGGCGCGUGCACGCUGGUCCUGAUCCGGUCUGUGACACCCAUCACUGCUCCGUCUUCAUAGAUGCUGCAGACUGCAGCAGCUCUGUCUGUUUAUUUGGUUGGAGAGUUUUUUUUGUCAAAGGGGAACACAGUGUUCCCAUCCAUCUGAGUAGUCUGACUGCACAACCAGGGGGACUCUCUAUGGUGAAGAUGAGUCUGGACCCUGUGCAGGUGAUGAGCGGACAGGUCCAAGAUCUCAAAGUUUCCCCUUCAUCCAACGGGGAGAGCAGAGGAUCAUGGGAGGAGAAAGAGUUUGACCGAGAUCAGCUGGACCUAACCACCAAGCCAAAGCCAGUGACAGGCAGACGGGCCCGGAAGGUGGAGGGAGGCGUGUUCUUUCCAAAGCCGGAGAACGCCGUGACGAUCGCGGUUUCUUCUCGCGUCUUGUUUCGGACGGAGCAAGAACAGAAGGUGUUUGAGCAGAAAGGUGUGGAGGAAUACCUGAGGUACCAGGUCGAGCACGAGAAUGAUCCCUUUGCACCUGGACCAGCUUUUCCAUUCGUCAAGGCGCUGGAGGCCGUCAACACCCGCCUGCGGGAGCUGUACCCGCAGAGUGAGGAGCUGUUUGACAUCGUCCUGGUCACAUACAACCACGCGCACGUGGGAAUCCGACUCAUCAACACCAUCAACCAUCACAGCAUUGCAGCAGCCACCAUGUUCAUGCCGGAGAAGAUGACGACUGUGUCAGAGUCUCAGCUCAGAGUGGCCUUUGACGGCGACGCCGUCCUCUUCUCCGAUGAGUCGGAACGCAUUUUCAAGGCUCAUGGGCUGGACAAAUUCUUCGAGCACGAGAGGGAAAACGAGGACACAUUGUUGGAUCAUGGUCCUCUGAAGGGCUUCCUGGAGGCUCUGGCGAAGCUCCAGAAGAAGUUUUAUGCUAAAGGCCAGCGCCUGGACUGCCCCAUCCGCACCUACUUGGUUACAGCUCGCAGUGCAGCAAGCUCUGGGAUCCGUGCGCUGAAGACGCUCCGGGCCUGGGGCCUGGAGGUGGAUGAGGCCUUGUUCCUUGCCGGUGCACCAAAAGGUCCCAUGCUGGAGAAAAUCCGGCCGCACAUCUUCUUUGACGACCAGAUGUUUCACGUGGAGGGAGCUGCAGAAAUGGGAACCAUCGCUGCUCAUGUUCCGUAUGGCGUUGCACAAUUACACAACAAAAAAAAGUGAGCAAGGAGAAGUAAACAACAGAACUCUGAGAUGACACUUUCAA